AGCGCACGUCAAGUAUCAUUUACAAGAGCGCGCUGCCAGGUCACGGGGUCUUUCCUUAACUCGUAACUGAUUGGCUGAAUGUCUGAUAGAAUAUUUAAAUCAGCGCGCGGUGAUUGGACGCGAUGAGAGCAGUUAUGCAAAUGAGCACCUGGUAGUGGUCUCUAGGAGAAAGGCAAAGGACGGAAAGCCUGAGAGCGGUUGUUAGAGCUGUGGCUAUUCUGUUUAGAUUUAACCUAAGAAACUACUCGGUUAAAUAUAUUAACUUAAAUGACUCCAAGUGUGCACAGCUGUUGAAAUCUUUAGUGUUUAAAUCGUUUCCCCCCUCACACACACACACCCGUCUAAACUAAACUACAGUGAACUCACACCGCUUUUAGUCUCGCGCGCGUGUUUGUGUUUGUGAAAGCGGUAGAGUUACUGUUAAUCCUGCGGUUUAAUAAUAAUAACAAUAAUAAAAACCGUUGGAUUUUUACCUGCACAAAACUGAAGAACUCGGAUUAAAGCAAAGAAGGACCAACGGGGGAAAAUUAAGAAAAACUUUUUCAAGCGGACAUCAAAUCGGGAAAAGCUUCUCCUUGCCUGGCUUUUCGCAUUCUCCAAUACAGCAUUCUCCAGUCUCCGAUCGGCAGUCGAUGGUCACGCGUGCGCUACUCAACGACGCAUCAAAGAGGCUCGCCGAGGCAUCGCCGAAAGCAGGCAGAUAUAUUCGGCGCGUUAAAUAUCCGGAGCUGUCGGGCGACUCCACAUCCUGUGGCGUGAAAAGUGUCGUCUCGGGCAGCGAUCUACAGCCAGCGAGAGAGCAAGGCGUGGGGCAUGUGUGGGGCAGUCACUCCAGACAGGUAACCGGGUGUGUUGCUGUUGCCAUGGCAACACGGCCGCAGCCGAUGUUGCGUCUCCUCCUCGGCGCCCUGCUGCUCUCCUCGACAGUGGCGCAGGACCACGAGUGGCAUUUUGACUCCGCUACGUGUCGUUAUGCAUUGGGGAUGGAGGAUGGAACGAUCCCAGAUUCUGAUAUCUCUGCAUCCAGUGCCUGGUCUGACUCCACUGAGGCCAAACAUGGCAGGCUGAGUACAGGAGCGGGGGAUGGUGCGUGGUGUCCUUUAGGUUCGGUGUUCCCCAAUCCAUCAGAGUAUCUGCAGGUGGACCUGCACAAGCUGCACUUCCUGUCUCUGGUGGGCACACAGGGCCGCCAUGCUGACGGGCACGGGCGGGAGUUUGCACGCAGCUACCGGCUCCGUUACUCCCGGGACGGCCGUCAGUGGAUCACCUGGAAGGACCGAUGGGGCCAGGAGGUGAUCUCGGGCAACGAGAACACGUACGACGUGGUUCUAAAGGACCUGGGUCCUCCAAUCAUAGCGCGAAUGGUCCGGUUCUACCCUCUGGCUGACCGUAUGAUGAGCGUGUGUCUGAGGGUGGAGAUCUAUGGCUGCUUGUGGAGUGAUGGACUGAAGGCCUACACUGCACCAAUGGGUCACAUUAUGCACCUUUCUGGCUCCCCUGUUUAUCUCAAUGACUCCAUCUAUGAUGGCAGUGUGGAAUCAGGGAUGUUGUUUGGAGGUUUGGGUCAGCUAUGCGAUGGGGUGUUAGGAGGAGACGACUUUGUGGAAAGUAAGGAGCUACGGGUGUGGCCGGGUUACGACUAUGUUGGCUGGAGCCGUGAAGCGCUGGGCAAACCCACCGUCGACAUAGAGUUCCACUUUGAGAAACCACGCCUCUUUCACACCAUGCAGGUGCACAGCAAUAACAGGCACACACAGGGCGUACGUGUGUUCUCCGAGGUGUUGUGCGAGUUCAAGGCGAGCUUGCUGAGCCCGUGGAGCGAGCCGGCUCUGAGCGUGCACGUGCCCCUGAGCGACCUGCGUGACCCCUCGUCACGCACAGUCACCCUGCCUCUGGGCGGCCAGCCUGCGCACAUCCUCCGCUGCCAUUUCACCUUCUCUGACCGCUGGCUGCUUAUCAGCGAGAUCAGCUUUUACUCUGAGCCAUUUGACAGUGGCUCACCAUUACCAUCUGUAGCGAGCCCUCCUCCCUCCCUCACUCCUCGCUCUCCUCUCCUCACCUCGCCCGCUCUGACCUCUUCCAUCUUUCCCAGCACUACCAACUCCAGCAGGCGCCAAACGGGUGAUCCUGGUGAUGAAUUUGCUGCUAUCACCCCAAGGGCAGGGCUGCCUGUUGCAAAGGAUGACAGCAGCAACACUGCUAUCCUGAUUGGCUGCCUAGUGGGUAUAAUACUGCUGCUCUUGGCUGUCAUAGUUGGUAUUCUAUGGAGGCAGUACUGGAAGAAGCUGCUCGGCAAGGCCCAGGGAAGCCUCUCCAGCGACGAGCUGCGAGUUCACCUCUCAGUUCCGUCAGAGAAUGUGGUGAUCAAUAACACAAACACACACACAUAUUCCAGUCGUUACCAGCGCAUACACACUUUCCCUGAUGGCCCGGACAGAGACGGAGAGUACCAGGAGCCCAGCGCCGUGGUACGCCCUCGAGAGCAGCGUGACAGCACAGCCUUGCUGUUAAACAACCCAGCCUAUCACCUUCUCCUGUCUGACCUGAGACAUGGCCCCAACAGGCUGCCAAACUGCUCCAGAGAGUCUGUUAAACCCCAAAACCUGCCCCAGGCAUGCAGUUUAGAUAUGGACGAUAAAGCGCUGCCUGUUCAGGAAGGACCGCCCCCAUACCCCGGAGCCCCGCCUCCUCUCCUGGGAGCUCAUUAUGCUGAAGCCACAGGGGGCGGGCCCAAUGUGCCUCAUUAUGCAGAAGCAGACAUCGUCAGCCUGCAAGGUGUAAGCGGGAACAACACGUACGCGGUUCCGGCCCUCUCGGCCACGCCCACGGAGUGCCCGCCCCUUCCUGAGCUGCAGCGGGAACGGCUCCUCUUCAAAGAGAAGCUCGGAGAAGGCCAGUUUGGAGAGGUUCAUUUGUGUGAGAUUGAAAACCCUCAAGACCUCCCCAAUCUCGAGUUCCCUUUCAACGUGAGGAAAGGACGCCCUCUGUUGGUAGCUGUGAAGAUUCUGCGGCCUGAUGCCUCGAAAAACGCCAGGAACGACUUCCUGAAAGAGGUGAAGAUCUUGUCUCGUCUGAAAGAUCCGAAUAUAAUCCGGUUGCUGGGUGUGUGUGUGAGCAGUGACCCUCUGUGCAUGGUUACUGAAUACAUGGAGAGCGGUGACCUUAACCAGUACCUCUCUCAGCGAGUGUUACUGGACAAGACCGGGCCGCUGCACAACAUGCCAACCAUCAGCUACCCUGCCCUGAUCUCCAUGGCGAGUCAGAUCGCAUCUGGGAUGAAGUUCCUGGCGUCGCUUAACUUUGUGCACCGUGACUUGGCCACGCGCAACUGCCUGGUCGGGGGAGAGCAGGGGGACGGAGAUGACAGAACGGGAGAGAGGCACAUUAAGAUCGCAGAUUUCGGCAUGAGCCGAAACCUGUAUGCUGGAGAUUACUACAGGAUCCAGGGGAGGGCCGUGCUUCCUAUCCGAUGGAUGGCCUGGGAGUGUAUUCUUAUGGGCAAGUUCACUACAGCCAGUGACGUGUGGGCGUUUGGGGUGACCCUGUGGGAGAUGCUGAGUGUGUGUCAGGAGCAGCCCUAUGGUCACAUGACUGAUGAACAGGUCAUAGACAAUGCAGGAGAGUUCUUUAGAGACCAAGGAAGACAGGUAUAUCUGACUCGGCCGGCGGUGUGUCCCCAAGGCCUGUACGAGCUGAUGCUGAGCUGCUGGAACAGAGACUGUAAACUCCGGCCCUCUUUCACACAGAUUCACUCUUUCCUCACCGAAGACGCCAUGAACAUGGUGUAAACACAUGGCUGCACGAAGACAAGCGAAUCUCUCCUUCGCGCAGAAGAGAAGCGUUUGUGUAGCCAUGCACAAGCUGGCGGAGGUGAUAGUCGGUGUAGAAGUAGGCGGAGCUAAGCACUCUUAUGUAAAUUUGCAUAAAUUACCUUUGGCAGGUCAGGGCUGAGAGAUGCUGCUGGUUCGGUUCUCGCGCUCGACCUGCUUCAGACCUAGAACCCUAACCCCCUACACCCUAAACCUGACGCUAGUUAAAUCUGUCGUCCUGAACUAAUCACGAAUCUGCAGCAGUUCAUCUUAAAUCUCUCACUGAUGACCAUUUUUUUACACUAAAAAGGUGGAGGGCUUUUCUAUUGCUGAAAAUUAUAUAGACUGUGAAUGAAGUAGUUCAUAUUAUUACACGCAUAACCUUCGUGAUCCCAGCAAAUAAGAUGUACUUAAACAUAGCACAACAAAGAAUCAAAUAAAGAAAAGAGCAGUUUGCAUAUAAACAUUUAUAGCAGAGGUAGUUAGGAGUGAAUUCCGUCUAAUCUCAGCAUUCACGCUGGGUAUGAGGGUUCUUCAGUCCGAUCUUCUUGAGCCUUUUCGCUGGGUUCAGUGGUUGAUGCGUAAUUGCUAAUCUCUCUGAAUAACUCAAUAAGCAGUAUACAUACUUAAGACUGGUUGAGGGAUUUUCUGUUUUUAGUAGAAUUACAUGCUUAUUUUUUUGAGGACGUAUUUUCACAUCAUGAACUCACAGACAUGAAGCCCCAUAACCAUUUUGACACAUUCUCCAAACUUGCAGGCUCCUCAACAGUGUUAGAAAUUUCACCCCCGACCAACGUCUGUUAUGAAUUACCGAGCAACUGAAUAGUUACGGACAAACGUUGUCCAACGUUGCCCGAUAUUUCAAAAUAACCCCUAUGGGUCCAGUGCAGAACGGGGAAUCCUCUCGAUGACUGUACAUACGAUGCACAGCAAAACCUCUGGCGCACUCACACGGCUGGCCGUGAUUUUGAACCCCAUCCACAUCCUUACAGGUAGUGAUGUUACGUUUGGUAGCGUCGCAGCGUGUGUCGAGAAGGUCAGGUCAAGGUCGAGCUCCGUAUCGAUGACGAUGCAGGGAUUGCUCCAGUAAUGAGUCUGUUUGGCAGGUUGUUUUGGGCAGUCUGUACUCUGUAGCAUGUACAAGCGCCGUCACAUCUCAAAACCUCGUUCCGAAACGCUGUGGCUGUUCAGCGGAAGCGCGCUGAUAUUUUAGAUCUUACAGACUAUAAAAGCAGUAAAACUUUGGUAUCGCUGAUAUCAUUAUACUGUAAGCUCAAGCGAUAUACAGAAGGACAGCGCUAAGUGCAUACACUCCUGCAUCACUUUAAUAGGAACACCUAUCAGCCAAUCAUGUGGCAGGUCAUUGCAUAAAAUCCUGCAGAUACAAGUCAAGAGCUUCAGUUAAUGAAGGGAGGGGGGGGAGGGGCGGGGGUGAUCUGUGUGAUUUUGACUGUGGCAUGGUUUGGGCUGGUUUGAGUAUUUCAUAAACUGCUGGUUUCCUGGGAUUUUUAUGCACAGCAUUCUCCAGAGCUUAUACAAAAACAUUAACCGAGCAGCAGUCCUGUAGGUGGGAGUGGCUUGUUGAUGAGCGAGGUCAAACGGUCGGCUACGGUAAGUCAAAUCAGCACUCGGGACAACCGUGGCGAGCAGAAAAGCAUUUCAGAACUCAGCACACGUCAAACCUUGAGGCGGUGGGCUACGACCGCAAAAGACCACAAAGGGUUCCACUGCUGUCAGCUAAGAGCAGGAAUAUUUACCGUAAUUUUCGGACUAUCGAGCGCACCUGAAUAUAAGCCGCACCCACUAACUUUAAAAAGAAAUGUUUUUUUGUACAUAUAUAGGCCGCACUCGUCUAUAAGCCGCAGGUGUCCACGUUGUAACAUGAGAUAUUUACACCCUAAGAUGUUACACAAAGAUUUUUUAAAAACUUUUAAUGAAAUACAUACCGUAAAUGCUUUUUUCCGAACAGUGCCUGUAACACGGCUGGUUAAAAAAAAUAAAAUUUACAGUUGCCUACCAGGAAAAGUCAUCGAUCGCUAUCUUCAUCUUCCUCCAGCGCACUAAAACCACUAAAGUCGUCUUCUUCAGUGUCGGAACUGAACAGCCUCAGAAUUACCGGCGCUUCGUCACACACUUCCUCAGUCUCUCUUUCGUUGUCACUCUCGACGUCACUUACGUCUCGAGGCGAAUUCGCCCUUGAGCUUGUGCUGUCCUCUUCAUCACGCAGCAGUCCAGCCUUUCGAAACCCGCUGGUGAUGGUAGAUUUUAUGACACUGCUCCACGCUGUUAGGAUCCACUGGAGCAAAAGUUGCUCUUCGCGUGCUAUUUCCUUCUUCGACAGCCAGAUCGAUCGCCUUUAACUUGAAAGCUGCAUCAUAUGCAUUCCUUCCUGUGUUUUCCACGAUGAGGAUGUGUGCAUGAAGUGCAAAAUGACCGAUCUGAAGAAUUUAGUGUGAAUGCGUUUGAUUUAAUUCGAACAGUUUCAUUGGUCCACUGUGACCUGUUCGGUAAUUUCAUUGGUCCGAUGUGACGAGGCUAAAUGUUUUGGCGGCAUGAAGCUCGUUAGCCCGUAAAAAUCCAUAAAUUAGCCACGUCAUUGUUUAAGCCGCAGUGUUCAAAGUGUGUGAAAAAAGUAGCGGCUUAUAGUCCGGAAAUUACGGUAGGUUACAGGGGGCACAGGCUCUGGCCAGUGGAACAGUUGAAUAUUGAGGGGGGAUUUUUGAUGUGAACAUUUACUGAAGCUUGUGAGCUUGUGCUGCUGCCACACAAUUAGCUGAUUGGAUUAAAUAAAUUCCUAAUAAAGCGGACAGUGAGUGUAUAUCAUUAGGCACAGCUGUAUCUAAGACAGUUUUACUGUUACGCUUUUUGACCACUAGGUGGCUCUCGAGAAACGACCAUUUUUCAAUACAAUUGGCUGGAAAAGCCAUGUCUUGCAAUGAAUACUUUAAGUUUGUGUGUUGUCCUAAGAUUUCACACCAAUCUCAAGAUGGCUUUUAAGGUGGAAUGUGUUUUAUAGAAGUUAACAGAUGAAGUUACUGGAUGUAUCUUGACGUGCUAGAACUGACAGAGCAGAGACAACACAGAGAGCGUGUCCAUAAUUGGACCGUUAAUAACUUUGAGCAUCGAUACAGCAAAGCCUGGUCUAAUUCUGCAAUCACCCGAUCUUAAAGACCUCCAAGAGGACGUUCUUUGAAGUUCUUGAUGCUUAACUAAUUCGUUUUCCUAAAGCACCUUGGAAGGAUGAGAAGUGGGACUAGUGGUUGCGUGCGGCACGCUCUCCGACUCCCGGACAGGAAACCGACGACAGCCACUGGAGGGACGCACGAGCCAGUGCACUCUCAUUCCCUGUCCAAUGCGGAGGGUUGAUCUGACGUGGUGACCCCGAACGGGAGCAGCCAAAAGAGGGGGGAAAUUUGGGUGUUACACACUCAUGGGAUGACCUGUUAAUGGUGUAUUGACCAGUUAGGCUUGGAAUUGUUUCUCAUUUGUCCUCAUCGAGAUUGUGAAUGGUGAUCUCGUUCUCUCCACCUUAUAUACAGUCAUUGACUCCACCCUUCUCCACUGCACCACCGUAGACCGGUUAAUAAUAGGAAAUAACGUACCUCCGAGUACCGCCGGCGAAUGUGAAGGUCCGGUAACUUGGAUGUGAAUUCAGCUACGAAUUGGUCCGUAUCGCCAAAUAAAGACGUCGCACGAUUUCCCGUUCGAUUUCAGACGAAGAGUGAAGCGCGAGUAUGUUUAUCAGUACGUGAAAGAUUUAGGACUGUUACACAGUGAUUGUUACCCAACACCACACCUACAAGAGGCUUCAAUUGCACUUUACUGUCAACUGGGACAAUCAGUGAUAGCAGAGCCGUUAAACAUUUUUAUUCAUUCUCAGUGUGAAUGAGCACAAAAAGUAUUUUUAUCAUCAUUAUUUUUUUUAAGAAUUCUCUAGCGGCACUUGAAGCAGCGAAUUCAUUUUGUAUCAGACAAAGUCGUUUAUGCACGUACGAGUGGUGGGGUCCGAGGAUUACGAAGCCACUAGCUUAACCCUACACGCCGUUAACAUUCAGAAGGAAAGAAUGUGAUUCAUAAAUGGUUAUGUUGCCAUGUCCGAUGUCCUUUUAACCUUUUUGAUACACUGUAAUCCUGAACUAAAACUUGUAUUUUUUUUUUAUAAACUCCGAUUUCAGGCAGCAUUUUUCAGCUACGCCUCACGCUCCUGUUUCUUUAACGUUAAAGGGAUAUGAGGGUAUGUAAAUAGUCAAUGGGACAUAAUGUUCUUCACUGAUAUUUGGUUAUCGUUGUUGUGAAUGGUUCUGAAUGGGUCCGGUCUCUCUGAGCUUCGCUGACUGUGUUAAAUGUUGUUGUCUAUUUUUUGUAGUUUUAAUAAAGUAACCAUUUCAGACAAAAAAAAAAAAUAUAUAUAUAUAUAUAUGCACAAAUGCAGUUUAUACAUACAAAUAAACAGAAUAGUUAAGGAGUUUAAUUUAUUUUGAAAUAACUUGAACAAUCAUAUUGAGUUACUUUCCUAUAUAUUGUCUCGUAUUCCACAAUACAGUGUCAACGUGACAUAAGUAGAAGUUAGUAUGGGAUAGGAUAACAUUUUUAUAUAUAUAUAUAUAUAAACAGAAAUGCAAGAUUUGACACGAGCACUACAAGGUGAAAGAGUGGCGGGAUUGCAAUGAACGAGCAAAACAGUAUUGUACAGAACGCACGCACGCUACGCAGACAUUAGGUUGAGAAUCAAAUGCGUGGGUGUGAACGAAACGUGUAGAUUUAGGCACUUCGUGAUUAACUGAAGUCAGACACUUCGGAUGAGCCUGGUGUUAACAGCUAGCAAAUUACACUUCAACUCAAAAAGACUAGAGAGAGAGAUCACAUGUCCUUCACCACAUCUCUUUCUCUCUGCGCUGACUGAAACAUCUUUGAGG